ACAAACAACCCAAACAUAGAAAUGGAAAACUCUUCCGUUGUCAUGCUGUUAACUCUUUCCGGUUUGGACUUUCCUCUGAAGUAUAGAAGUGCUGUGUUCGUGCUGACUCUGCUGUGGUACUGUCUGAUUCUGAUUGGAAACAUCACCAUAGUCUCUGUCAUCGUGGUUGAUAAAAACCUCCACGAGCCAAUGUACAUCUUCCUGAGUAACCUCUGCAUCAACUCCCUGUACGGCACCGUCGGCUUCUACCCCAAGUUCCUGCUGGACCUGCUGUCGACCCACGUCAUCUCCCACGCUGGCUGCAUGCUGCAGGGUUACGUCAUACACUCGUCCGUGUGCGCUGACUUUACCAUGUUGGCCCUCAUGGCGUACGACAGGUACGUGGCCAUAUGUCACCCCCUCACCUACCACUCGUUCAUGAGCAAACAGAGGAUCUCGGCCCUGGUGCUGGUCACGUGGCUCGUGCCCCUGCUCUCCAUGUUCAUGAACACGGCCACGCUCCUGGGCUCCAGGCUGUGCGGCUCCUACAUCAACAAGGUCUACUGUGUGAACUGGAUGAUGGUGAAACUCGCCUGCGCGUCCCCGCCGGGGAACGCGGCGGUGACGUAUUUUAAUAUAUGUUUGUAUUGUGUGCUCUUGGUCUUUAUUGUGUGGACGUACGUGCGUCUGAUAAGAACGUGUCUGGUGUCGUUAGAAAACCAGAGGAGGUUCAUGAACACGUGUGUCCCACAUUUGAUUUCUCUGUUCACCUUCAGCGUCAGCGUGCUGUUGGAUGUUCUCUACAUGAGGUUCGGGUCCGUCGACAUAUCCAUGGACCUGAAUAAUUUCAUGGCCAUGGAGUUUUUAAUCAUCCCACCAGCUGUGAACCCGUUAUUGUACGGAUUCAAACUCGCCAAAAUACGGCGAACAAUUAUAAAUGUCGUGUUGAUUAGACGGAAGCCUGCGGUGUGUGCGCUCCAGGGUUCGAAACCCUGAUGAGCUCUGAUUGGACAGACACAGUAAACAUUGAAUAUAUUUUUCUUUUUCAGUGGUUCUUAAUGUUUUUCUGAUAAUUAUAUUUGAAACAAAUGAAAAGUAAAAUCAAGUCAAAAAGUUCUCAGACGGUUUAUUUCGAUUUCACUGUAAUUACCAGUUGUUUACACAGGAUGUAUUUGUGUUGAACUGCGUUGAACCUUCUGUUCUGAGAGCAAACUAUAAUGUUUUACCUAAGUUGUGAAUCUAUUCAGAUUCUCUCAGCAGGUUUUGAUUUAUGGCCUCAGUUAUUUUUCUUUACAAAAACUGAAAAAAAGGCCUGGAUUCCAAUAGAAAAAUACUAAAGUACUUGGUGAAAAUCCUUUCAAAUAUUCUCUGGCAUAUAUUUCAUUUUGUUUUGAUGUCUUAUUUAUUGCACUAACAAAGUCGUCCUUCUAUGAACUGUUUCUUGCAGUGAUUCAUCAUUUAACAAACGAAACAUCUGUAAUCAAUUUGUUUUAAAUCAAUCAGAUUCAAUCCAAAAAAAAAAAAAAAUCAAACAUUUCUCCACAUUAAAAUAUAAUUCAAACACCCAGAGGCCGGCCUGGUUCUAAUGUUCUCAUGAAUUCAUCACACUGACAAGAGACAGAGCGCCAUCUACUGAAACAUGAAAAUAAAAACGACUAAAAGUCCAACAUGUAAUAAAGUGCAGUGUAUUUAUUUUUAGUUGACAACAAAAUAUCAACCAGCACCGACCAAACCGUGAUGAUGUAAAUCAGUGGCUGGAUUAGAAAUCGCUGCAUCAUCAAUAACAGCAGGUAGAGGUCAGUGUUUCUCACCUGUUUUAUUUUUUGUGACUAAAACAAAUGAUUGAAUUAUUGAUAUGGAAAAAAGUCAAGAAAAAAAACCCCAAAACUUCAUGACGGUUCAU